CAGUAAGCAUUAUCGGUGCAGAACCGUUUAAGAUUGCAAUUUUCGUUUCAGUCCUAUAUAUGUAGCGCUAACCUCUGAACAAAAAAUCUAACAAAAAGUGAAAUAAGAUAUUGGACUUAUAGACUGAUAAUAGCUUGAAGUAGUAAAAGGAAGCGUGUGAUGACAAUGCUUUUGUUCGUUUGUUUUCGCUUCCAUGACAAUAGAAAAUAAUAUAGGCAUAGCCUUAAGACGGACGUAUUUACGUUCAAAAUAAAUUCCUUGUACUUCGUCGUGAAUGUGUUCAGCUGUUCGCACACAGUAUACCGGAGGCAUUUUUUUUUUGUGACUAGUUGGUGUCCUUAAAAUCGCAGUACUAGAAUAACAGAACUGUUCUGUUUCGAAGAAAGGCAUGAUCCCAAGAAUGGUGGUCUCAACCAAGCACCAGUUACUGAUUUCGUCUCUACUCAUUCUGCUGUCAAACAACCUGCAUGCUCUGGAGAUUACCACAGAUGACUGUGGAUCUGGAAAAGGAUGCUUUAGGUUUCCAGAAUCCUGCACUGACGACUGUAACUUCCUUGUGACGUACAACGCAACGGGUGGGGAUAAAGUGGAGUUCGAGCUGAGCGGCAAAGGGACCUGGGUGGCAGUUGGAUUUAGUGAUGACCGUGAAAUGCCCGAUACAGACAUUCUUCUUUGCGAAAGUACUACUGCACUCAGUGGUCAUUAUUAUGCUGAAGAGAAGAGUCGUCCUACAAAGACUAAUCCAGAUCCUGCAGCAGUGACGUUUCUUGAACAAGCAAAUGAAGGUGGAAUGGUCAAGUGCAGAAUUUCCAGGGAUAUCAAUCCAGGAAUCGCAAACUUGAGAAAUUUGACUCAGCUCUGGUUUCUUUUGGGAGCAGUUGGGGACGGCGAUGGAGUAAUUAACUAUCAUGGUACCUCUGCUAAUGGUCGCCAGUCUACAGGUUCCAGGGUCAACGUCACAAGCUCAUCUGCAUCGGAUGCAUCAGGGGGGGAUAGCGGCAGAAAUAACUUAAUUGUCCAUGGCGCCCUCAUGACACUUGCUUGGAUUCUGUUUGCUUUUGUGGGUUUGUUCAUCGCGCGAUACAUGCGACAGGCCUGGGAACCAAGGGAAUUGUUAGGAAAGAAGGCCUGGUUUACGGUUCAUCGAACACUGAUGACGACAACAGUCCUGUUUACAAUUGCGGGAAUAAUUGUCAUAUUUGUUCACAAAAAAGGGUGGUCUUCGACAGCUGGCGCACAUCCAUACCUUGGUAUCAUCGUCCUCGCUUUCGCAAUUGCGCAGCCAAUCAUGGCAGCAUUCAGACCACAUCCUGGCGAGCCUAGGCGCAACAUAUUUAACUGGGCACAUAGAUGUGUUGGUUUCACUGCACUGAUUCUUGGAGUGGCUACCAUUUAUCUUGGAUUAAAAUUAGUCGCCUUGGAUAAGGAAGGACUCUAUGCCGUGAUUUCCUUCUACAUUGGGGUGUUUCUUGUGUUCAUGUUUGAGCUGUAUCUCAUAGUGUCCAAAAGGAAUCGUGAAAAGAAGUCUGGACCGAUAAACAACGGAGAUUUUCCCAUGGACCAACCUGGACAAGCCAAUCGAGCCCCACCCGAGCUUGAAAUGCCAACCAAGGAAAAAAUGAUUCGUACCAUGAUGUUCGUUUUCGUUGUACUUCUUGGAAUUAGCGUGGCAUUAACCAUAAUCCUGCUCAUGGUGCUUAAAUAGUCUACAUCACAGCUACUACUCUGAAAGCUUUAUUUCGUGGACCUGGACGAAAACAAAAACCAGUCUCCUCAUUUGAAUGAAUUUCAGACGCGAAAAUUUACUUAUUGUUGUAGAAAUUAAUUAAAUUGGUUUGCCACCAAAUUGUGAGAUCAUAUUUUUUUCAGUCUUCAUUUACCUCUGAAUAAUUGUGGGAAAUCUAGUUUCAAUACCUUUUUAAAGAUUCACAGUUAUAUUUGCACUGCUGCCUUUCGCGCCUGACAUCAACAGGUACCCAGACCACAACCAAAUAAUAUUCCGUUAAAGUUUUUCCGCUCCGAAAGUUCUUCAUUGACUGUUGAUUGACAACAGGUAUGAAAUGAGGUCUACUUUUGCUAACUGGUAUCGAACUAAUACGUUGCAAAGGUAGUUUGCUGUAAAUUUGAGCAAAGCAAAACUCUCCCCUGAAUUCGAAGUCUGUCUAAAAGAAGUUUAGUUUUACAUUUAAUAGUUUUAAUAUAGACAGAACAUCACAUGAAAACAUCUUAACGCCCGUGCUCAGUUUUUCUAAAGAAACGAAAUCGCUCUCAACACAUGCUCAGAGAUCGCUUUUGAUAAGUGAGAGCAGGUGUAGGUAAACAAUUGUUUUCACAUUGUCACGUCGUGUUCUUUAUUUAUUUUUACUUUUUUCAAUUGUUAAGACUUGCUUCUUCGUGUAAAAAUUAAAUAAUAGUAAUUAAAAAGGACUUUACAGUUUCGUUUUCUUUACGUGUUGAACAUAGGUUAAUAUACAUUUGGUACCAGUACUAACAACGGAAUCGAGAGGUUUCUGACGAAUUCACUCUAUAGUUCAACUUUACCGCACCGUGCUAUGAUUCAAAUAUGUUCCGCUAACAUAUUCGAUUCUCGAACAGUCAAGCAGACUGACAUAAUAUUCGAGUUGAGAGUUUGCCUCUACAUUAGCGCUGUUUUUGAAGAUUUCACCUGAUAGGUGUCGUAACCUGCUAAUCAAUGGACCACCAAAUUUCGCAGAACGACAUGUCAGUAAUAAUUUUCUUAUCUUUGGUCUUUUACCAAUCCAAUUUCACAAAUUUUAUUAAUUAGUAGCAUUGUGCAUGGCUGAUUUUAAAUAUGAGUAAACUGGA